AUGUCGGAGUUGGGCCAGUCGCUUCCGACCCCAGAUAUUGCGGAUGACAUCAAAGACUUGCAGCUUGAUUCAUCUGCUGAAGAUAGUGUGGUGGCUAAUGAGGACAAUGAGAAUCCUACUGCGGCUGUGAAUUCUGUUAAGGAUGAUGCAGGUUUAAUGGAUGCAUCAUCAUCAGCUGACUCUGACUCAAAAGCAGUUCAAGUUGAAUCAGAAGAUGCCAUAGUAGUAAAAAAUAAGGAAAGCUCUCCUCCAGAUGAUCAGGAAGAUGAAGUGGAGGAUCAAAAAAAGCGACACUUGAAUGUUGUAUUUAUUGGUCAUGUUGCAGAUGCUGGGAAGUCCACUAUUGGAGGACAAAUCUUAUUCCUCAGUGGUCAGGUUGAUGACCGGACUAUCCAGAAAUAUGAAAAAGAAGCUAAAGAAAAAAGUAGGGAGAGUUGGUACAUGGCUUAUAUCAUGGAUACAAAUGAAGAAGAGAGGGCUAAGGGGAAAACAGUCGAAGUUGGAAGAGCUCACUUUGAAACAGAAACCACGAGAUUUACCAUAUUGGAUGCUCCGGGUCACAAAAGUUAUGUACCUAACAUGAUCAGUGGCGCAUCACAAGCAGAUAUUGGUGUGUUAGUUAUUUCUGCUCGGAAGGGAGAAUUUGAAACUGGGUACGAGAGAGGUGGACAGACACGCGAACAUGUGCAGCUGGCAAAGACUUUGGGAGUCUCUAAGCUGCUAGUUGUUGUGAACAAGAUGGAUGAGCCUACUGUUAAAUGGUCAAAAGAAAGAUAUGAUGAUAUUGAGUCCAAAAUGUCUCUGUUUCUGAAGUCUUCGGGCUAUAAUGUGAAAAAAGAUGUAAAGUUUCUCCCAAUAUCUGGUCUCAUGGGGACAAAUAUGAAAACCAGAAUGGGCAAGAGUGUAUGUCCAUGGUGGGACGGCCCUUGCCUGUUUGAAGCUCUUGAUGCUAUUGAAGUUCCAGUGCGUGAUCCAAAAGGGCCAUUCAGAAUGCCUAUAAUAGAUAAAUUCAAGGACAUGGGAACAGUUGUUAUGGGCAAAAUAGAAUCUGGAAGUGUUCGUGAAGGUGAUAACUUGAUGAUAAUGCCUAAUAAGGUUCCAGUGAAAGUCCUAGCUAUCUUCUGUGAUGAAGACAAAGUAAGGCGUGCAGGACCUGGUGAAAACUUGCGAGUCAGGGUAUCUGGAAUUGAGGAAGAGGAUAUUGUAGCGGGUUUUGUUCUUUCUAGUGUUGCAAAUCCAAUACCGGCUGUUUCCGAGUUUGUUGCACACCUUCAGAUUCUGGAGCUGCUUGACAAUGCAAUUUUCUGUGCGGGCUACAAGGCUGUUCUGCACAUCCAUGCAGUGGUAGAGGAAUGUGAGAUUGUUGAACUAAUGGUGCAGAUAGAUCCAAAAACCAAGAAGCCAAUGAAAAAGAGACCUCUUUUUGUCAAGAAAGGUGCUUUGGUUGUCUGCCGGGUUCAGGUUAAUAAUACGAUAUGCGUUGAGAAGUUCUCUGAUUUUGCACAGCUUGGACGAUUUACUCUUCGUACAGAAGGAAAAACUGUUGCUGUUGGAAAAGUAACCGAUCUCCCUGCUGCACCUGGUGCAUGA